CCAAAACCCGCUGCUGUGAUUGGCUGAGACGACGUUCAUUUAUAUCUAGGUCAGAGGUAGUGGUCAAACUGCUCUGCUGUCAUAACAAUGCUGCUCAAUAAGGUGCUCAGAGCCACUGUGCGGUCUGGGAUCCGGCUGCAGAGUUCCAGUACCGCAGCCAAUGCUAAAGCACCAUCCAGCGACCACUCGGCAUCUCCCGGCUACUCAUUCGAGCUGACAGAGCAGCAGAAAGAGUUCCAGGAGCUGGCGAGGAAGUUUGCACGUGAAGAAAUUGUCCCUGUUGCAGCGGCUUAUGACAAAAGUGGUGAAUAUCCUGUCCCCGUCAUCAAGAAAGCAUGGGAGCUUGGUCUGUUAAACGGUCACAUCGCAGAGGAGUACGGUGGAAUGGGCUUGUCAAUCUUCGACACCUGCCUCAUCACAGAAGAGUUGGCUUUUGGCUGCACAGGAGUACAGACGGCUAUUGAGGCAAACUCUCUCGGACAAAUGCCUGUUAUUCUUGCUGGCAAUGAAGCGCAAAAGAGGAAAUACCUGGGAAGAAUGACUGAGGAGCCUCUGAUGUGUGCGUACUGUGUCACAGAGCCGGGGGCGGGCUCUGACGUUGCAGGGCUCAAGACCCGAGCUGAGAAGAAGGGUGAUGAGUAUGUUGUUAACGGCCAGAAGAUGUGGAUCACCAACGGUGGUAAAGCUAACUGGUACUUCCUCCUGGCCCGAACUAAUCCAGAUCCUAAAUGUCCAACCGGCAAAGCUUUUACUGGCUUCAUUGUGGACGCAGACACUCCAGGAAUUCUAGUAGGAAGGAAGGAGAUGAACAUGGGCCAGAGGUGUUCUGAUACAAGAGGCAUCACUUUUGAGGAAAUGAGGAUACCGAAGGAGAACGUCCUGAUCGGAGAGGGAGCUGGCUUCAAAAUCGCCAUGGGCGCCUUCGACAAGACUAGGCCACCAGUUGCAGCAGGAGCCACUGGCCUGGCGCAGAGAGCACUUGAGGAAGCUACCCAUUAUGCACUGGAGAGGAAGACCUUCGGCAAAGCUAUUGCUGAGCACCAAGCCGUGUCAUUCCUCCUCGCUGAGAUGGCGAUGAAGGUGGAGCUGGCCAGGUUGGCAUACCAGCGGGCCGCUUGGGAAGUGGACCAGGGUCGUAGAAACACCUACUACGCCUCCAUUGCCAAGGCCUUCGCCGGAGACAUCGCCAACCAGGUGGCCUCUGAUGCUGUUCAGGUAUUCGGAGGCAACGGCUUCAACAGCGAAUACCCAGUGGAGAAACUGAUGAGAGAUGCUAAGAUUUACCAGAUCUACGAGGGCACUGCCCAAAUCCAAAGACUCAUCGUUGCCCGUGAACACCUGGGCAGGUUCAAGAAAUGAGCGCUGCAAACCUGAGAAAACUCGUCCUUAUUCUAACGUACUUUGUUAUAACUUUUCUAUAUAAACACAGUUUCUGGGAAAAAGAAUAUCCAUCACUUCAACUCAGUAUACAGAUGCAGAAUGUUGUUUGCCUUAACAUCAUUUCAUCCUGCCUUGCUUAUUCAGACUAAUCCAGACUGAAUUUGUGGACUGUGGUCCACCUUGCUACAGAGAUCUUGUAACUUAUUCCAGAUGCAGCUAUGAACAGCAGCCUUAUUUUCCCUGAAUUCAGGGUCACAACCUUUACCGCCCUCCAUAAUGCCAUAAUCCAUUAAGUUAGCAUAUUUCUAGUCAACUCAUUAAAUCAGCAAAUAUUGUGAUGUAAUAUUUGCGUUCAGAUGAUCAUGAGUCUUUGGUAGAUAUGUAAUUAGACCAGAGAAAAAGCAACUUCAAUGCAAGACAGAUAUAAAGUAAACUGCUGUUGGCAGGAUGUGUUUUUAAUUUAAAAUGUAUUUUUAAAUUAAAUAUGUCAACUGAUUUACUUUUUGCUAGUUGUCCAUUUGCCGUAUCAUAACAAUGAAUGUCAUAAGUGCAGUAAAGGUGGAAAUGAUGGACUUGAAACGUUGAUGGUGGCUACCCAAACGCAUAUUAUUAGUCAUGUUUUUUGCCCUAAAUGUGUUUAAAUUGAGCAUGUAAUAUCAAAUCAUAUAAAUCCAUUUUCACCAGAACAUCUAAAGAGACAUAGAAAUUAGUAUUAAAUGGUUUAUUAAACAGUUUUAAAAAUUAAAAAUUGCAUGGUGUCAGAAAAUGUCUUUCUGCCUGCUUCAGCCCUGUGAUCAAUAAAGUCCUGAACAACU